GUGUAUGUUAUGUUUGAUCUAAUAUGUCCAUCUAACUGUGGUCCACUCACUUGCAAUGAAUUUUUCUGUUCAAUUACAUUACAUGGUACAUCCAAGGAGAACAGCACCUUCAGACUCAUGUAGCGUGACAACGGGAGUAGAUGACCUAUACUGGAGCAGACACAGACAGACAGUAUCAGUAGUAUAAGUGAACAAUCAGUCUGUGACUGCCAGGAAGGUAUGGCUAGUCAGACCACGGAAUUAGGAUGUGAGACCGACAAGCGGAGUAUAGAAGAGCAGAGAAACAAAGGUGACAGCCACGUGAAGGCUGGUUCAGGGAGUCCCCGAUCCGGCACACCGCCUAGUAGUAUAUCUUCCGGUGUGUCUAUAUCCGCAGACGCGGCGGGGCCUGUUGCCAAGAAAGGUGGGGCUGAUGGACGAGGGUCUGUUGUUGGCACAGGCGGGAACGACGAUAAACCUAGCAAAACCCAAAAUGAUGCGGAACAGGAUAACGGUGUGGUCUUGAUGGAUAUAGAUAAGUUAGCAGAUAAUGCAGUCGCCUCGUGCAGCGACGAUGUUGACGCCAUGUCUGAAACCAUGGUCGUGGAUAGCUCAUCUGAGGCUGAUAUUUAUGAUGUGCCUGCUAGCACAGGAGCAGACGCAGAGCGAGAUGCGAGCGGCGAUGGAGAGGUGGAUGGAAAGAUUGGCGGAGAAGAACCUGCGAAAGAUAAGCCGAUCGUAACGCCAGCUACACAAGUAGGUGGCGUUGAAGCACCGGCCGCUGUCAAGGAGGCGAGUGAUGCAGAAUCGGGUAGUCAGCCAGAAGCAGACACAAAACAGGGUGCGGUGCAGGUGAUUGUGAGCCACUAUGCAGAUUCGGCGCGAAAGAAGGACAUGAAUGAGAAUGAUGAUGUAGUUGGCAAAAAAAUGGAUGACGAUGGAGGGAAGAAGGAUGAGAAAACUUCGGGUACAGUGGGGGUUGCGAGUGGUGUAGCCACGACCGCCAGCGGUGUCGAACAGAGCACUCGGGACGCCAACCAAGUACACACGAUGGACACUAGCAGAGACUCUGAGAGUGAGAUGGAGCACGACACGGACGUGCCUGAAGCGGAUGAAGACAAUCGGGCGAGUUCAGGCGAGCGGGCGGUUGCACAACCAAUCCCGCUUUUACCUAAGAAGCCGGACGUGCCAUUGAUCACUGAAAAGGAUGAGAAAAUGGGAGGGCCCAAGAGUCUGAAAAAUAUUCGGAAUGGUAAAGUUUCCGCUGUGGUUUCGCCACAGCAUGCGAGUGAUGGGGCUGCCACUGCACGCCCAGAGGAUUCGGGGCGGGCGAGCGUAAGUGUGGGCAGAGCCAAUCGCAUAAGUAGAUUGGGUGACGCGGAGACCUGCACUAAUACCUCCACCAGUGACUCAAGGAAGGAUACGAAAGUCAUGGAUAGCCCACACGCAGAUAUCACACGUACCAAACAUCCCGCGCAUGACGAAGCAGCAGCAACAACUCACAUCACAGCCAGCCACCCUACACCAACAGACACAGAUGCUUUAGACAAAAACCAGGGCUCGCCCGCCAUACGCCAAGCGCCUGAGCCUAUCCUCAUCACCAGCGCACCAAAAGCCAUACCAAUUGCCCCCAACCCUAUACGCAUUGGCCCCCCUCCAGCCCCCGUCUCGCUGAAGCCGAGGCCGGUGUUGGCACCUCGAGGAGUGGCACUGAAACGCACGCACACGGGAAGUAGCGUCAAUAAUGGGCACAAGGCAGGAACUCCGAUAUCUCAGGCCCCCACUCCGGUCAUUAUUGGGUCUGCAGCACCACCACCUCCCGCACCCACACCCAUACCCAUAGGCAUCACCAAAGCCGACAGCCUUAGCACCGUCAGAUUGGGUGCUGAUGAAGGCGCUGGUAGUGUGCGUAGUAACAGCAGCUAUGAAGAGGCGGCCGUUGGCGAACACCGCGGGCACCCACAGUACAGUCUGGCGGGGGCACGGUUGCGACCGCAGCAGUCCAUUGGGGACAUAAUGACCUGUGGUGGCCUGCGGGUGUCCAAACCAGACGACUGGGACCGCACUUCCUACGGCGAGGACAGAGAUCGAGACGGAGACAAGGGCGGGGCCCGGAAUGUAGCCCUGGGUAUGUCUGGUGUCGAUCUCACGAAGGUGCCUGAGAGUCCGCUACAGCAGGGCAUGGACAUGUCGCUGCGAAUGGUCAAGCAGGAGCUGGGCGAUAUCCUGGGGUCGUUCUGUGAUAAGCAGAAGCGCUGCGUGGAGUUUGAGCAGGCGCGGUUGGCGCGUGCGUGGGCUGAGUUUGAGAAGGCGCGCGUCGAGUUAAACGCCGGGCGCAAGGCCAGCAGUCUGGGCGAGUGGAACUGGAGUGGCGCGGGACCAAUAGCACGGGUAGAGGUGCCGGGGGAGCGAGCAGCCAGAGUCAGCCGAUAG